UCCCUCUCUCUGUGCACAUCACACACACGGGACGCACUCAAAAGAAGUGCCGCAAAAGGAAACCUUGCGACAGGAGAGAGGACCAAUCGGAGCAUCCAAUCCGGCGCCGGCCGCUGGCUGUUCAGCCGUUAUAUAAAACCCCGUGCCCCUCCUUUGCCGGCUCACUCCAUCCAUUCCAUCCCUUCCCUGCCCCGUUUCCAUUGCUCUGUUCUGCUCUGCUCUCAGCUCAGCUUCCAUCGGCGUCGUUGUUGUCUCAAUCCACACAGCUUGAUUUGCGGCAGAGGAGGAAGCGGAGGGGCAGGAUGCCGUAGGUGCCCGGCCGCUGCCCGCCGGUGGUGUUUUUCCGCGUCAUCCUGCUUGGAGCUCCGGCGAUACCAUACCACCGGCCGCUGCAGAGGACAUGUGCUUUGGUGCAAGCUUGCCAGGUCAGCGCCCUCUCGCCAAGAACGCAUCGGCAAUUCAGGCCGAAUACUUCCGCCAGCUUCUGAAGCCCGUGACAUAAAUUCGGCCAUCAGUCCCCACACCACCCUCCUUCCAAAGAACCUCAAACCCAAAACAAACUAACUGAAACAAUUUUGAAUCUAACCACAAGAACAGCCAGCUCCCAAGUCCAGUUAACAGAAUUUCCUCGAAUUCUUGUUCAAUUUCGUUCCAGUCAGAGCCUAAAAUUUUCCUAGACUUCCCACACAAACACGACCAGAAAUCAAGCGGCCCGAUGCAGGGAGACCCCGGGUACGGGUACGGUGGCUACGGAUACGGCUACACCGCCGGCGCCGGCGGUUAUAACUAUGACAUGGCCUCCUACGGAGGCGGUGGCGCGUACCACACGGCGAACGAUCAGUACCCCGCCGCGCCGGCCACCUACGAGGACCCGCUCGCCGGCCGGAGGCAGCACGACUUCCCGGCGCCGCUCACGGGCCUGGAGUUCCAGGCGACGGACACCUGCCCCAAGAACUACGUCAUCUUCGACCAGACGUACGACCGGAGCCGGGUCAUGUUCCACCCCUCCCUGGCCAACAACUUGGGCUCCUCCGGAGGCGGGUACGGCCACGACCACGGCUGCUACGGCUACGACCAGAACUACGCCGGCAAGGGCGCCUAUUACGGCGACGGCGGCGGCACUGCCUCGGUCCGGCAGAAGGAGGACACGGACGAGAUCGACGCACUGAUGAGCACGGAGGACGGCGAGGACGAGGACGACGUGCGGAGCACCGGCCGCACCCCGGGGUGCGGCGGCGCCGGGGGGUCCCCGGACUCCACGUGUUCGUCCGGCGGCGGCGGCCAGAAGAAGAAGGAGCGGAUGAAGAAGAUGGUGCGGACGCUCAAGGGGAUCGUCCCCGGCGGCGACCGGAUGGACACGCCGGCGGUGCUGGACGAGGCCGUCAGGUACCUCAAGUCCCUCAAGGUGGAGGCCAAGAAGCUCGGCGCGCGCGGGUCAAGCAGCUAGCUAAACAGCUGACAUCGGCAUUCGGCGGCGAUAGAUGAUGACAAGACAGGCUCUCGGGCUCUCUCGGAAUGGCAUGAGAUGCCACGAACCAGUUGGUGCGUGCUCUGUUUGCAAUGGCAGGAUCGGAGAGAGCUUGCUGAUGAGUUGCCGCGCGCUUUCGCGCUUUAUUUUGUCAACGUCCUUUUGGUGCCUCUGCCUCUCUAGGCUCCAGCCUGCCGCCUGCGUGCGUGCGUGCAUGGAUUGCUGCUUUUCUUUGUUAGAAGUUGCUGCCUUUUUCCUCUUUUCGUAUCUCUCGAUGGUGGCUGGUGUUGGAAGUUGUAACCAUCACGCUGAGUCGCUGAUGAUGUAGCAGUGCAGCAGAACGCUGAGUCGCUGACUGCCGAGCCCGCGCGCCAAGCUCGUAACCAGUGAAAACUCUAGCGAACAAAUUGCAAGUCUGAAUUGCUGCGCCUAGCAGUGACUCUGAUUAGUUCCAACUGACAUCAGAAGCAGAUCAUUAUAAGGGAAUUGUGUGACAAAAGUUUACCACUCAAAAAAAUGAUAUUGAUCUGAAUUUUUUCUGGGAA